AUGAGCUUCCUCUUAGAAGAGAGCGCCGCGCGGGCCUUUGCCUUUGCGCCUGAUGUCCUCAAUCUGCUCGACUCCAACGAAGGAACCUGGCCAGUGCCCCUAGUACAGAGCGAGCCGGCAGCGCAUGAUCGCAAGACGAAGCCUCCUCAGAGCAAACAUGACUCGAACAAAAAAAAAACAAAGCCAAGGGUGAGAAAGCGACCAGCAACUCCGCGGCUACGGAACAAGGCGAAGAUCGAGCUCCUGCGCCGCGAAAUCGCGAGUCUCGAGGAGGAGCUGGAGGCGCUGCAGCAGUCGAAUCGUACUCUGGCGAUCCAAGCGCAAAGUCGCAAGACCAGCCCCACCACCGACUCGUCGUUGUCUGCGUGGAAGGGCAUCGCCUCGAGACAGAGCAAGGAGCGGGAGCGAGCCCAGCUGCGCAACAAGGGGCUCAAGAAGAUGAUCUCCGAGCAGCACAUGCUCACCAUGUCGCUCUCCAGUGUGCUGAGCGAAUUGAGUGGGCUAUCGAGCUUGAGCGCGUGCGUAUAG